AUGUCACUCGUGGCAGGACCUGGGGUAGGGGGAUCGCACUCCAUCGUGCCGGAGGAUGUCAGCCUGGUGGUCGAAAAACAUGUCAAGUAUAUUCAACUUUUGGAUACCCGAAAAGAUGAGCUCGACUACUGGUUGACCGAACAUCUAAGAUUAAACGGGGUAUAUUGGGGUCUGACGGCGCUUCACCUCCUGGGCCAUCCCCAUGCUCUACCUCGUGAUAAAACAUUACAAUUCGUCUUUUCUUGCCAGAACCCGGAUGGAGGUUUUGGUGCUGCUCCUGGCCAUGACUCCCACAUGUUAUACACAGUCAGCGCCGUCCAAAUUCUUGCCACAAUCAAUGCGCUACAAGACUUGGAGUCGCCACAAAGAGGAGGAAAGGAGCGGAUAGCAAAAUAUAUUGCGAGCCUUCAGGACGUCAAAACUGGUACUUUCGCCGGAGAUGAGUGGGGUGAGACAGACACACGUUUUCUAUACGGUGCCUUCAACGCACUUUCCAUACUAAACAUGAUGCACCUGGUGGACGUGGACAAGGCUGUCUCCCACAUUCAGGCCUGCGCAAAUUUUGAUGGAGGGUUUGGCCGUUCGCCAGGCGCCGAGUCUCAUUCCGGUCAAAUCUUCACUUGCCUCGGGGCAUUGACCAUCGCUCGUCGACUAGACAUUGUGGAUUAUGAUCGACUGGCUGCUUGGCUAAGUGAAAGACAACUUCCCAAUGGUGGGCUGAAUGGCCGGCCAGAGAAACUUGAAGAUGUGUGCUAUAGCUGGUGGGUUCUUAGUAGCAUCGCAAUGUUGGGCAAACUUCAUUGGAUCGAUGCUUCAGAACUGAUCAAGUUUAUUCUGAGGUGUCAAGACGCCGACCAAGGAGGAUUUGCGGACAGACCUGGCGAUAUGGUGGAUGUUUUCCAUACGGUAUUCGGCCUCGCAGGUUUGAGCUUGCUGGGCUACCCAGGGCUCGUCGAGGUCGAUCCUGUGUAG